AUGUCCAAAAUCACCGUUGCCAUCGCCGGGGGCGGCAUCGCGAGCCUGUCUCUCGCUGCGGGCUUGAUCAAACACUCCCAGUUCGACGUCCACAUCUACGAAGCGGUCACAGAGUAUCCAGAUCGCGGCGGGGGAAUGGCUCUUCACAAGAACGCCAUCUUGGCGAUGGAGCUGGUCGACCCAGACUUGAAGAAGGCGUACUUCUCUCGCGCCAUUCUCCUCGCGAGUGACGAGGAGCUAGAGCUAGCGACUCAGGUCAUCCUCGCUGCUGGGCCUGACAGCGGCCAGGUCGUCGGACACCUUGGACGAGCCAAAGGCAGGAGAACGAUUGCGAGGGCCGAUCUCCUGCACGGCUGGCGCGAGAUUCCGUCGGAGAGGAUCCAUUUCGGGAAGAAGCUGGUUGACAUUGAAGAACAAGGAACGAAAAUCGAGCUGCGAUUCCAAGACGGCACUACGGCCGUCGCCGAAUGUCUGAUCGGCGCAGACGGCGUGCACAGCUGCACGAGGAAAUAUCUUCUUGGAGCAGACCAUCCGGCCACAGCGCUCAAAAACCACGACGGCUGGGUCACCUACUCCCGACAGGUCCCAUGGACGAGGCCUGUCAGGUCGUCCGGGACGAAUGGACCAAGAAUGUUCCUAUUUUCUGCGGCCCAGACUCUGAGCUGUGGAGUCCAUCGACGUACCGCAGGCAGUGACCAGACGGAUAGGCCUUUUAAAAAGGAAUAUUUUGCGGCUUACAAUGAUGACUCCCGGGCUAUUGUUGAGCUCGUCAGUCGCGAUCCCAGUGCACACUGGACCCUGCAGGACCACGACCCAGAGCCGUACUACUACAAGAACAACAUCGCCAUGAUCGGGGACGCAGCGCACGCGACAAUGCCAUUCGCCGGUAACGGCGCCGGCCAAGCCAUCGAGGACGCGGCCGUCCUGAAAGCGCUCUUCUCAAGAGUCACCGAUCCCAGCCAGAUCGCGAAAGCAUUCGCUGCUUUUGACGCUGUGAGAAGAGAGCGGUCGCAACGAGUAGUCGAGAUCAGUCGGAAUUUUGGUCGCCUGUACUCAUAUUCCCUGGAUGAGGUGGGCGUUGAUCCGGAGAAAAUGACCAGAUAUCUGACGGAGAAGGGCUCGUAUCUGAACGAUGUCGAUCUGGAGGCGCAGAAUCGUGAUGCAAUUGCUUUGUAUGAAGCGUGCUGA